GGUCACUCCACCAUUCAAUGUUGUUAUAUCGUUUACAACUUCAUCUUUUUAUAUAGCUUAUCAUUGUAUUACCAAUAUUGUGCGGCCCCCGUGCCGCCACCUACUUUUGGGAUGGACCCACACGUCAGGGACUGGUCCCGUUUCUUUGACGCCUGUCUACGACGCCGGCUUGAUGUUGAACUCUUCGCUAUCACCGCUGAGCUGCUAUAUGAAAGGUCCCCAUUACCGGGAGUCAAAAUUGCUCGUUUGUUGUUGAGGCCACGCACUGCAGCUGCACCAAAACUCCCAGAUCCUCGCGUCAUCUGGUACUGCGAGCGACUUCUUGCCUUGAAGAGGAUCGAUGUAUCAGAGGUCUUGGCUGCCGCUUUUCAGUUUUCCCCGUCAAGAGACCGCCCGCCUCAGGAAGGAGUUGAAGGCAGUGUCCCCAAGAAUCAUCGGUCACGGUGGCUGAACCCACCAGCGCUGGAGGAGAUCCUGUUUGACCGACUGCACAAGCUCUUCAUGACAGGAGAGCGGCCCCUAUCAAGCUUAGAGGCCGCGCGAACAAUCUUUGUGCUGUCGAAAUGGAUGUCGGCCAUGGUAGCCUCGCAUACCAGCGAUAGCAUGAUGCAUGCCAUGGCCGGGAUCCCGCAGCAUCCGCAGCAAUCUUCCAUCAUCGUCCGCGAAGGGCUCGGAUUGUUGAUGGUGAGCUUGGUUGAAAACGCAAAGAUUCUGGAAGUACUGGGGAGGGAUCACAUGGAUGACGUCAAGAAGUCCUUCUCUCAGUCACUGUCGUCCUUCAUCCCUUUUUUGCAACAGACAUCUCAAACAGCAUUGCAAAUCGCAAGUCGCCUGGAAAUGUCUCAGAAACAGCACGGCCUCUUUGACAAGUCGCUCCACCUCGAUGGGCACGCUGGACAGGGCCCUAACCUGGACGUUGCUGCUUUACAGCUCGACGCCGUGAUGGAUCUUCCAGCCCUCAACACGCGCGCAGGCCUGUUCGUAUACCUCAAUUCGCUUCUGUUUGGCCGACCACUCACGGAUGCGUUUACCAUGAGCACGUAUCUUAGUGCACGUUAUAAGGGUGACUCUCAAAGCAUGAUCACUGACCUGAUCACUGCUGCCUUUGAUGUUCUAGCUAACGCAAUGUACCGAAACGAGCCAAGCCAUGUGAUGUUCUGCUUAAAGAGUUUUUUGGUAAACAAGGUCCCUCUUCUUAUUGUCCAAUUCUCCUCGUCCACUUUUCCCAUGACGGCAGAAAUCUGCAUCACUGAAGCCCUCGCACGCAUCGAUCCGAACGCUUUUCCUGCGUUUUCUCAAGACUUCGGUAUCUUGGGGAACAACAGCAACUCCCUUUCGGAUGCUAGGCAGGAUUUCCUUAAUGCGUGCGCUCUCCAUGGCCUGAUUGCAGCGAACACCGUGCAACGCCUCCUGGGGGAAACGCCCUUGCAAGGUCCACCAAGUACCAGGCACGUGAAGAAACACGUGCUUAAUAAACUCAAAAACAAUUUCGAGUCAGUGAAUCCGCUCAUCGAACAGUUAACGGCUCUGGACGGGAAUGCGGGAGCUAUCGUUCUCGCCCUCACAGAGUUUAUCUCCCAUCUGUGCGACACGCAAAUGACAAUGUACCUCAAGACGUUAUGCAAUUCGCUGCUUAAAAGGCCACAAGCACUGGAUGUGAUGCUCCAGUUCGCAUCGCCUGAACGCAUUCUGCGCCCUUUGUGUUUGUUCUUGCAUGACUGGCGAUACGAAGACACCCAAGGUGAGUAUCAGCCGGUUUACGAAGAAUUCGGAGCCAUUCUUGUCCUUGUGUUAGCGUUCGUUCAUCGAUACAACCUAUCGUAUCAUGAGCUGGGCAUUGGUCAUGACUCCUUUGUCGCACAACUCCUCGAGCGCGGCCAUGUCAGCAUACGCCAGGACGAUACGACGGAAGAACAGAGAAAGCACCUUGGAAAUUGGCUCAAAGGUUUGUACGACUCUGAUAAAGAAGCUCUCGGCAACGACGUGUUUGCUUCAUGCCGGCCACAAGACUUCUACCUGAUCGUGCCGACGCUCUUCCGCCACACUGUAGUUGCAUGUUCGGCGGGGGUUCUCUCUUUGGAUACCGCGAAGUGCGGUCUUGAGUAUCUCCAAGAUACGUCUCUGCUACCAUCCCUUGUGGGCGGCCUGACCUGGAUGGCGGGCUAUGCGGAGCACAACCAUCGGGACCUGGACGUCAUGAUACCGCUCUUCAACAAGCUGACCCGACCUGGAUCCGUAUCCGGAGAUGCUCAGGCCAUGCAUUCCGCCAUCAUAUCGAUCGUGUCAGGUCGCCUCGAGAAAUGUCUCCGGGCCCUAAAACAACGCCACCCCAACCGCAGCGACAUCGACCAUCUCCUCCACAUCAUCAUAAACCAAGGCUCGUACGAGCACUCCGUCUAUAGUUCCUCAUCUGAACUGGGAAGAUGGACAAACUCACCUCCAACCACUCUCUACCGAGAAAUCAAACACUCCGUGCAAGCCUUAUCUCAAUGGGCAUCCGCAGCAGCCCUGCAUCCCACUCCUCCAAGCUAUGCGCACAAACAGAUAUACGCCUCCCUCCACCUCCUCGGCACCCAUAAAACCCUCCACGCCAUCCUCUCUGAGAUUCGGACCCAGACCGAAGCCCGUAAUGGCGCCGCAGCCCUCGACGUCGGCCUCUCCAUCGUCUGCGCCCCCAUGUUGGAAAACAGCUCGCUGGCCACUGACGUGACGACGUCCAUUUCGAGUCCCCGCACACACCUCAAUCUCCGCGAAAUGCUCAAGGAGGAAUUCGAUAAUGCCGCCUCGCUCGUCGCCACGGACCAGCUCCUCGCAGAAACGAUCGUGCGCUUGCAUCGCCGUGUAGAGGCAUUCGUGGCAGCCAUUGCGCAGAACCAGGCGGCACUGGCGACGGCACAACUGGACAUGUCGAACGUGGACCUCGCGGAGGUGCAGGCGGCGCAAAAUGCACAGAUGGAUAAGGCGCUGAAUGACGUUGCGGCUGCUGCCGCCGCGGCCGCAUCAGCGAAUCCAGAGCAGCAAGCCGCGCUGCAGCGCUCGCUGGAGCAGCAUUUAGAUCUUUCUGCUGCCGCAGCCGCCGCAGCAGCAGCAGGCGGACUCGAUUUGAGCGGUAUGGGUGUUGCAGGUGGGGCGGAUAUGGGUAGUUUGGGGAACUUGGAUCUCGGGGGUUUGGGGGAUAUGGGCAUGGGAAUGGGCAUGGGGAUGGAGCUGGAUAUGGAUAUGGGGAUGGAGGAUGAUGAUACGUGGGGGUUGAAUUUCAAUGACAUGUAGGGAAUGUUGGAACGACUAAUGUGCUGACGGGGAGUGGGCUUCUGGACGGAGAUUCACUCAGAGGUGGGAGGUUAAGUAGUCGGGUCGUGGCGGGACCGGAAUUGGAGUCCUGCAAUUGCUUGUUGGUAGUAUUGCUGUGCUUGCUGGUUGCACUUCCAGGUCGUGAAUGUGCUCAGCGGUGGUAGAUAGGUACGGAAUCCAAGUACCGAGGUGC